UUUAUAUGUUUAAUUAAGGGAAGUUUCCUCAAUUCCGUUCCUUAUCAGUGGGACGCAAGAGUGGUGUUUUUGCGAUGCCACAAUCUGUUCACACUCAAUAAGUUUACAAGUGUUCUCGUUUGCCGUAUCUGAAUAAACGUAAUCUUUGGGGUCUUACCAAUGGCCACAUGUUGCUCCCAGUUGCGAACGACUUCGAAAUUCUGGGGUGAAGCCCGCGGCCACUAUCAGCAGUACGCGCGGCCCUUCAUUAUAAAUCCGUUUUCUGGUCGAACUUUCCCAUCUUCCCACUUCGACCAAUACUAAUACUUGCAGUUGCAGACCAGUUUUACUUUAGCCAUGUCGGACGUGGACUCGGACGGCGAGGUGCCUAACGAGGGCGGAACCAGUGCAAGUGCUCUCGAUGAGUUCCGUGAGAGCUGGCAACGGGAACUUGCCCAUGGAAACCCUGGAUACAGGCACGACACGGGAACUACGCAGAACUCUAAUGCCAGCGAAGCGGAGCUGCUGCAGGCCAAGGCGGAGAGUCUCUUUCGCACUGCCGUACAGCUGGAGCAGCGCGGCAAGGUCUACGACGCAAUACCUUUCUACCGCAAGGCCACACAGAUCGUGCCCGACAUCGAGUUCAAGUUCUACGAGCAGCAGAAGCUAAGCCACGAGUUUGUCAGCAACAAGAAGUUCCUUAAUCUGGCCGGGGACUUUGCCAAGCAGCUGGACCUGGGGCAGCCGGGUGCCACGGCCGGCAGUGCGGAAGAGGAGUUGGAUAAUCUGUUCGACAAGUUUCAGCACGACCUGCGCCAGGACAGCAUAUACAGCGGCAAAAUGAUCGCGUCCAGCCGUGAUGCGAACGUUUUGUCCACGGGACUGCACUUCUCUGAUCUGCCGCCCGAGAUUGUGAUGCGCAUCCUGCGAUGGGUAGUGUCCUCCCAGCUGGACAUGCGCUCCCUGGAUCAGUGCGCCGCCGUAUGCAAGGGGUUCUAUGUUUACGCCCGGGAUGAGGAACUAUGGAGGCUAGCUUGCGUCAAAGUAUGGGGACACAACGUUGGAACCUUGGAUGCGCAAGACUCUGGCAGUAGCCAUGUCUAUUACUCCUGGCGCGAUAUGUUUAUCCGGCGGGAGCGGGUGCACUUUAACGGCUGCUACAUCAGCAAGACAACGUACCUGCGAAUGGGCGAGAAUAGCUUCCAGGAUCAGUUCUACCGUCCUGUACAACUGGUGGAGUACUAUCGCUACAUUCGGUUUAUGCCCGACGGCAAGGUGCUGAUGAUGACGAGCGCCGACGAGCCAGCACAGGGCGUCAACAAGUUGAAGCAUCUGCAUAACGUGCAGCGUGCAGAUGUGCUACGAGGUCGCUAUCGACUCUACGGCGACACGGUCACCUUGGUGCUUCAAAAAUCACAGGCCCGGGGAACGGGACACAUGCGGCAGAGGCGAGGCAGCAUCAUGCCACUGGAGGAGGACUCCGCCCAAUUCUUAAUAGAACUACGCAUCGCAAACUCGCCGAAGCGCCGCCGAUGUGCCCAGUUGGUGUGGUCACACUACACGCUCGUCCAGAAACGGAACAAGGUGGAUACCAGCUCAGAGUUCGACCUUACGGACGCCAAGUAUCCGCCGCUAUGGUUCUCGACGGUGAAGAGCUACCACCUCGAUGCGGACGCGCCUCUAGUUUAAGUUAGAAUUAGCUUUCUGCUCUUUUACAUGCUGCAGAAUUAAAAGACGGUGAAAUUGAAACCCUUUUAGAGGGGGAGAGGAAA